GUCGUCCCCAUGUACUGCUGUUGCAGCCCGGAGGAGGAUGUCAAGGCUACGAUGGUGGAGGUCGAUUCGGUGAACCCUAAGGAAGAUUACAAGAAGCUUGAAGAGGCCAUUGCCAACGGGAAAUUGUCGAAUGCAGAAACCUUCACGGUGAAGAUCCAGAAGCAGAAUGGCCAAAGCGGCUUAGAGUUUUCCAAGGCGGACACCGGCGUGCUGACUGUGAGCGGCGUGGUGCAGCCUGGUGCUGUGGCUGACUGGAACGACAGGUGUCCCCCUGGCCAGGAUAUUCGGCUCUACGAUCGAGUCCUGAGGGUCAAUGGCAAGGCCGGCAGCGCCAUGGACCUUCUCACUGCCUUACGAGAAGAGGUGGAGGAGCUCGAGGUCGUGAUGGAGCGGCCGAGGAUCAGGGAGGUGGAGGUGAGGAAGGAAGGUCGUGAGCUGGGUUUGGUCCUCUUCGUGUCCACCGCCAACCGGCUUCACUCCGGUCUCGUGGUGUCGAUGGUGAAGGAGGGCGCCCUCGUGAGCGACAUCAAGCCCCACGAUCGCAUCAUUGAGGUCAAUGGGCAAGUGCUGCCACCCUCCGAGCUAUUGGAAGGUGUUCGAGGGGAGCAGCUGACGAUGAAGAUCUGCUGCUACCGUUGCUGA